AUGGGAGGAUUUAUACAAAGGAAAAGGUGCCGUGGCCAAGAUAUUGAGAUAUUUGCGGUCUCAUUGGCAGAUAUACAGAAGGCACUGGCCCCAAAGAGACAUAUUGACCCCCGUACAAAGCUACCAAGGCAAUACUGGAAAUACCUAAGGCUCUUCGAACAAGACAAAGCAGAAGAACUACCACCGCACCGGGGAGAUGGGAUUGAUCACAAAAUCGAGCUCGUACAGGAGGAGAGUGGGAAGGAUCCUGAAGUCCCCUGGGGCCCCCUUUACAACAUGACCCAGGAAGAACUAAUAGUCCUCCGGAAAACACUCUCUGAACUAUUACAGAAAGGCUUUAUCCGCGUGAGCCAUUCCCCAGCUGCAGCCCCAGUACUCUUUGUACGAAAACCAGGAGGAGGACUGCGGUUCUGCGUCGACUACCGUGCUCUAAAUGCCAUUACCAAGAAGGACCGCUAUCCAUUGCCCCUGAUCCAUGAGACACUGAACCAAAUUGGACAAGCCAGAUGGUUUACUAAGCUGGAUGUGUCUGCUGCCUUCCAUAAGAUCCGCAUAGCCAAAGGCCAGGAAUGGAUGACUGCCUUCCGUACGAGAUACGGGCUCUUUGAAUGGCUAGUCACCCCUUUUGGGUUGGCUAAUGCACCGAGCACCUUCCAAAAAUACAUCAACUGGACCCUCCGGGAAUAUCUAGAUGAAUUCUGCUCAGCCUAUAUCGACGAUGUGCUUGUCUAUACCAAUGGGGACCUCCGCCAGCACCGGAAGCACGUACGAAUGGUCUUGAAGAAACUGGAAGAAGCAGGCCUAUAUUUGGAUAUUAAGAAGUGCGAAUUUGAGUGCAAGGAGACAAAGUACUUGGGCUUUAUAAUACAGGCAGGGAAGGGAAUCAAAAUGGACCCGGAGAAGGUGAAAGCAAUAAAGGAAUGGGAAACCCCUACUACUAUAAAGGGCGUCCGAGGAUUCCUGGGCUUUGCCAACUUCUACCGAAGGUUCAUCCCUAACUUCUCAGGGAUCGUACGCCCACUGAACAACUUGACAAAGAAAGGGACACCCUUCUUGUGGACUAAGGAGUGCCAGGAUAGCUUUGAUCUGCUUAAGGAAAAGUUUAUUACUGGACCUGUCCUAGCAACCUUCAACCCUUCCUACCGUACGGUAGUAGAGACCGACUCCUCAGGUUAUAAUACAGGAGGAGUUCUCUCUCAAUAUAAUGAAAAAGGGGAAUUGCACCCAUGUGCCUACUUCUCUAAAAGGAAUUCUCCAGCUGAAUGCAACUAUGAGAUCUAUGACAAGGAGCUACUCGCAAUUGUACGAUGUCUUGAAGCCUGGGAUGCUGAACUGCGCUCAUGUGGAGAAUUCCAAGUUAUUACAGACCACAAAAACCUGGAGUACUUCUUCUCCCCAAGGAAGCUGACAGAACGACACGUACGAUGGUCCUUAUUUCUCAGCCGGUUCAACUUCAAGCUAGUAUAUAGGAAAGGGUCAGCCAAUCAGAGAGCUGAUGCACUUUCACGGAGAGACCAAGACAUGCCUGAUGAUGAAGAUGACAGGGUCAAGUCUCGUACGAUGCAACUUUUUACAGAAAAACACUUGGGGAAGACGGUAGUUGCCACCCUCCGACCGGCUGAAGAGCAACCAUGGGAGCCGUACGAAAAAAGUGAUAUGUGGAAGGAGGCACUCAAACAGGAUGAAAGAUAUAGUGAAGCAGUACUGUGCCCUGAAAGAUGGAGCAAGGAGAUUUCCUCCACACCUACAAUUGAAAGUCGGAAUCUCAGAAUGCCAGCUGGACGCCCAAGACCAUAUCCUCUUCCGUGGGAGGAGGUGGGUGCCUGA